UUAGAUAUCAUCUUUGCCGAAGACACUAUGUUGCUAUGGCUACUCAAUAUAAGAUUGGUUGAGAGGAAUCAUGGCAGCUUUCGCAAUGAAACGUUUAUUGCCGGUGGUUUCAAAAGUAAAAUUUGGUCAUAAUGUACAGACAACUCUAGAAAAGUGUAAAUGUAUAUAUCCGAGUGCAACACAAUCAUUCCAUUUAAGAACAAAAAGAAGCAUGGCCUGUAUGCCAGUAACUGGACCAGAAGUGAAAGACCUUUCCUAUGAAGAUAUUAUUGAAUUAAAACAAAAGAAUGAAAUAAUACUGAUUGACGUAAGAGAGCCAUCAGAAAUUGAAGAGACAGGGAAACUUCCUGGAAGUGUACAUAUACCACUUGGAGAACUAAAAAAUGCACUUGAGGUACUGUCUCAAGCAGAUUUUCUAAAAAAAUAUGGUACUGAGAAACCAAAACGUGACGCAAAUCUGGUAUUUUCAUGUCGGACUGGAAAAAGGAGUAGAACUGCGAUGGAAACUGCCACAUCCAUUGGUUUCCUCAAUUCACGUCAUUAUAGUGGUGGAUUCACGGACUGGCAGAAUCGUCAUCCUUCUUAGCUGUAUCCUCAAAAUCAACAGUGUAGUAUUACAUCUACUAGUCACAGAUGUAUCUACAAAUAAAUCAGAACCACUGAAUGAAUAAAAUAGCAAAUUAACUCAACUGAAGGAUGUAUACUAAAAAUAGAAAAUCGUGUUAUUCAACUUGUAACAAAUACUGUCUGAUUUAAAUGAAUUAUAUGUUAAUAUUUUAAAGCACUUUUCUGUGUUGAAACCACAAAUAAAAAUAUUAGAUAAAACUGCAA